AUGUCAAAGAAAUUGGCGGAGUAUUUCAGCAAAGGCUCGGAGCAGCAGCAGCCGAGCGUUGAAACCGAGCGCGAUCAUGAAGAGGAGGAUGAUAUGGGGCCAUCUGUGUCGAUGGCGGUGCAAGCGGAUGACGAUGAGCAAUUUCACAAGUCAACUUUUAAUCUGAAGCGAACGCGGUCGAUGGGACUUUUGGAUGAGUAUAUUGACCCGACCAAGAAACUGAUGGACAGGGGCGAGAAUGAGGAUGAGGUAGAUGUGGGAGUAGAUGCUGAAAGCUCAGGGUUGGAAACGGGACGACCUUCGGAGUCGACCUCUCCACCCGUUCCAGAUACGGACAACUAUUUGGUUCCUCACGACGACAACGAUUUAGUCAUCGAACCACAACGGCACGUAGACUAUCUUUCGCACAAAUGGGAAGAAAACGAGAUAUCGCAAUCGUGGAAAUACAUCAUAUUGAAGAAAAAGAAGAAAGACGAAGAUUUGGUCAAUGCGGCCCGACUUGAGAACGCUUCGUGGCGUACUUGGGCAAAAGCCCGCAAUAAUUUGAAGACUGUGACUCCUGAGGCAGUUAACUGGUCCAAGGAUUCGGAUGUUACGUGGCUUUACGGUCCCAUUCUGCGGCCGAAGGAAGGUUCUUCUAUCAUGUCCGAUGGCGAGUGCGGGUACGGCUCGGACGACGAAACUUCGAAGCGGAUGACGAAGAGCAAGCCAAAGAAGCAGAAAGGUCCCAAGCCCAUUUUAAAGAAAAGAAGCGUCUCCGAGAUAAUAAAGGAGAACUCUUUAUGGAGGCUUAAUGUAGCGAGGCAACAUAGGAAGCAACUGGGCAAUACUUCACCCGUGAUGGAUGGUUAUGGCGGGAAUUAUGCGCCCGAUGAUUAUGAUGCCCUUGCUGAUAAGGUCAACGCACAAUACUACCGCUCGGCGCCGGACGCCAAUCGUGGAUUUCACACCACUUUGCACACACAGGAUGACAUUUCGCCUUCACCAGAAACAUACUCGACCUCGCAUUUUGAAGACAUGCCUACCGAGACUCUUCCAGCCUCAAUUCUUUCAACAGCAGCAGGCAAAAACAGCAAAAGUUCUGAACACAGGGAUAGACAUAUUCAUUUUAGCGACCGAGUGGAACAGUGUAUGGCAUUAAACGCUCAACACCGCGAUGCCGAUGUUGACGAACACGAGAGAGACUAUGACAGUGAUCCAGGAAACGAGUAUUUUGGAGAUAAUCACAGAAAACUUUCAACUGGUAGAGACCAAAAUUUGUACCAUGUUCACUCGGACGAUGAGCCUGAAAGUUCUUCUUCUGAAGAUGAGGAGGCAGGACUUUUCAUUAGUGCACGGUUUGCAAGGAAAAAUGAGGGUGUUCACUCUCCAUCCGAGCAUUCAUCGAUUGGAUCUACAACUUCCAAACAUAAUGAAAUUCCUCCUAUUAUAAAGCUACUACCGUCUACCACCUUAAACUAUGGGUCUGAUGACGAAGAUUACGAAGAUGACGAAGACAGCUACUAUGGUAGAAAUGCUGUUUCCCACAACGUUAAUACGUUUAGGGGCUAUGAUUACCUUUACGACUACAACUCGGUGUACACUGGGGAUACUUCCAAUUUUAUGGCUGUUAACAACUGCGAUAUGGUUGAUGUUCCGGAGGGCUUGCAAACACCAGUUGAUGAAGAUCACCAUCAUGAUGAUGCGGGGCUACCUCAAACAACGCAGCGGGUUGCUAGGGGAGGUUUUUCUUUCGAUGAUGAUAGUGAUUCCUAUAAUUCAAACGAUGAUUCGCAAUUCAUUGAGAACUCUCAAACAGGGGCAAGCGAUGAUGAGACCGAUUUGGCAUUGAGGCGUACUUCGUCGAUAGGAAAAGGCAGCAACUCUUCACUACAUGGCCUGCCAUCUUCGACAGCUCCUGUUUCCAGUACACAUAGUUUUGUCACAGGCAAACCGCUUGAGCAGCCAGUUCAGCAACAUCAGUCCCCGCAGCAGCACCUGCAGCAAUCACAAAAGCAGGAACCGCUUGCUGCAGGAAAUUCGAGAAAAAAAACCAAAAGUUUUAUCCUGAACUCUGAGUCAGAUUCUGAUUCUGCUGAGGACGAAAACGCGUCGGACGUUGUUUUUGAACCAGCAGACAUGGCCACCAAUCAAAAUGGACACACGGCAACCUCCGCCACGUACGAUAAUCAGUGCAUGAUACCAACUCAAGGCACCUCAAUCACAUCAAUGUCGAAGUCUCCAAGGCUAGCGGCCGAAUCUCCUGUUAAUCGCGUCAUGAGCUCCGGGAACUCCCACGCAUCCCUUUCAGACGUUGCUAUAGCGGGUUAUAUCUCCCCAAGGAGCGAAUCAAUGCAAUCGGUGGUGGCCAAGGAAAAAAUGGUUGACGGUACUCCUUCGCCGGAUGUGGAACAUAUGAACAAAAACUUAGAGAAUUGGCAUAUUGGACAUCACAAAGACGACGGCGAUGCAAAAGAUAGUGAUGAAAGUUUGCAUAAGAUGAUGUCCUCGGCUCGGGAACUCGCAAGUAAAUAUUUACAUUCGUGGAAGUAG